GCAAUGAACAUCCCCAAAAAAUCGUCGUUACUGACAAUCAGUAAAAUUACUUGCAUUUAAAAAGAUGAGUUAUAAGAGUGCAACGAUUUUUUUAACCUCAUUCAAAAGCUGUACCACUUCGUAACAGCACUUCGCAGGGAUCAAACUUGACUACAGGUAAACGCCUCUUCUUUUCACUAUUUUCUGCUGUUUAAGGUGGUUCUGUUAUAACAAAAAAGGCUAAUUGAACUUCAUCCUCUUUUUUGGUAAGAAUAUAUUUUAUAAGAUAUAAGAAUCGAGGCUGAAAUUUGACAAAUUUUAAGAACAUAGUCGAAGUAACCUCUAUGUGUUAAUCACUACAGUUGCAGCCUCGAAUAACGAACGCGACCACUUUUUGGAAGACGGCCUUAGAAUUUUCCAUUGUUUUUAACCUCUUGUUAGCGACCACGGCUUUUGGCAUGGUCUCAGUGAUCUCUAUGCUCGUAUACAUUACUAAGAGAACACGAUGAAGUUUUAGUUAAACAUGAAACUACACAUAUCGUAGCCUGCUUGGCAGGCGUUUGAAAGGGAAGAGAAAGGGAGUUUCAGGUCAGGCGCCAGAGAAACGCUUCUCGCGCGCUACACGCUUUUGUCAUAUCGUAACAGCUAGAAACUCAAAAUGUAACUGUGUUUGGUCCUUUUCUAGUAAGACCCUCUGAGGUUCGAUUCUCGUUUAAGCGACCAAAAAAUCUUCGUAUUUUGUGUGGUGGUUUACGCGAGGUUUGACUGUAUCUUGAGAAUACUGACCCCGAGGCCGUGACUUUGAAAAGGAUAUAAUUUUGUAUGUUGAAAAUCUGUAAAUACAAUACAUGUGUACGAUUAGAUGUUUUUAAUAACAUAACCGCGUAAAAUUCUUUCUUUCUCUAAACGACAAACCUGCCCAGCAAAACGAAAAAUCCUGCCAGCACACAAUCUCUGUGUGUAACCGAUGUUAUUUUAUAGUAAAUGUACUGGAUUUACUUUUUGGCUCAACCGUAGUGAUAUAUCCUUAAGUAUAUAUAAAACAAUGUUAACUAAACGUUGAAUUACCUUACCUGUGGUAGAUUGUCGUCCUUUGGCCUCAAAAGCGGUUUUUGAGCUAUUUUGAAAAAUUUUGAGUUCGCCGUUUGGAAGGAACAGUAAACGGCGAACUCACACUCCUUCAAAAUUGCUCAAAAAACCGCUUUUGAAGCCAAAGGACGACAGCAUACCACAGGUAACUGGUAAUUCAACGUAUACAACACGGUUAUGAGACAAACAGCAAAUUGAUUCAAACAAUUUAUUACGAAACAAAGAAAACAAAAGAUGAAAGCAACAAGGUGCUGAAGGUUGACUUGCUAGAACUAAAGAGAUCUAGCUUCUGAAAUGUGCUCUCCACAAAGGCUUGAAAGCAACUGACUAACUUGGGCUACAGUUAGUGAAUAUCUUGAGUUGAUUCUCAAUUUCCUUUGCCUGCUAACCCUAAUUCAUGAACAUUCAAGGGGAUAGGAGACAAAGGAAAUUGAGAAUGAAUCUAGGUUAAAAAAUUUUUACCUGAAUUUAAAUUUGACCUCCUCUUAUAACUCAGGGUUAUUCCCGAAGUGAUGGCCGAUGGUGGGGAUAGGGGCUUUAUUCAAGGGUUUAUCUUAGCAUAUUUACACGAAGUUUUUUAGUUUCGUGCCUUGGUCUUCUAAACGGUGUUGCAAAUAAUCAUUUUGCUUUCUUUGUGGCUGUAGGAGACAUGGCACAAGAGGGAGAUGCAGUCUACUAUCCUCAGGAAAUGCUUGAUCUCAAUUGGAAUACUACUUCCAAAGAGAAAAUCCAAGAGGUUUACAAAGUAUGGGCUGGCCAUUAUGAUAGGGUAUGUUUUGAAUUGCCAAAAUGUUUUGGUAGAAAACAGCCGAAAUUUCGCGAGGCCACCUCUAGUUUUCCUGCAAAAUGACCUCGGAGGAACGACUGCAGAAAUGCAGUACUGAUGACGAGUCACUACCCGGCAGAUCUGAGUAGUGCUUCUGAUUGGUUGAAGCAAAUUUCCCUCCCAGCAAGACUAAUCAGAAGCAGUACCUUAGCUCUGACAACAUCACCAGUGAGUGUGAAAUUUCUGCGAUUAUGCCACAGACGUCAUUUCGUAGGGAAACCAGUGGUGGGGUCGCGAACCCGGGGGGGUUCGCGAAAUGGUUGCUGUUUCCUUAGGCUAUGUUUUGGUCCGGCUGACACUUGUUACAUGUGGCAGGUGUGGUUUGUUACUAUGAAAACUCCAUCUUAGCAGGGCAGUGAUCGAGAUGGAAACCUUUUAAGCCAAAAUACGUGUAAUGUAGGGUUCACACGAAGAAAACGCAAGCCCUAGGGCAGUUACUAAUUCCAAAAGUGCUUGAAUAGGCAGUUUAAUGCAACUGCCAUGUGACUCUCACCAAGUGAAAGGAAAAUUUCAAGCUAGAGCGAAAUAAUUUCCAGGAAUAAAUUCAGGAGCAUAUCUAAGUUAGUGACAAAGCAAAUUUUCAGGCCAGUGCUAUUCGAUGGGGCAAAUUAAUUUAAGGGGAGCUCGGGUAGUGCAACAAUUUCAAACAAAUCGAAUAUUUCGAAGGCAAAAAAAUCUUUUGGUAAAAUUGUAUGUAGGUGACAACAAAAAACCUCGCCACCCAGUUAAAAUUUGGUCUGUUAAGUUAAUUUUGAUCAAUUGGUCUUUUUUUAAAAAUGCAAACGUAAUAUCGUCGUAGUCUGGUAGUCUCCCUCGCAGCCGGUUUUGUCUCGUCACGCAGCGGGAAGUCCCUGGGAUUACUUCUCUAUCCAAAAAAACAAACACUAGAGCAUUCUCCGAGAGUCUCUGCUUAAUUUGCCAGGAUCACUCUCGUUUCCCUCGUGAGCUUUGGUUGCAAUAAUACUUCCCUGCGAUAUUCUGUCCUGAUUAGCUGACCCUGGGUCCAAAGGGUGGGGAAAACAUUGUCUGAUUUAGGGGUAGGAACGCAAAACGUCUUUAUUGGCGAGGACGGGGAGAGAUGGCUUGUUAUGCAGUCUAUUAAUUGAGUGUUUGUGUCAUAGGGUUUCACCCAGAUAGUCUAGAAUUAAAAGUCACUUAACAAGCACAUUCAGCCUGGUCAGUAAAGAGCUUUGUCCGCCUUAGGGGUAGGACGAGGAGACUGAGGUGGCUAAGGCUAAACUACAACCUCUUUUUUGGUAGGAAUAUAUUUUAUAAGAUUCAAGAAUCGAGGCUGAUUGGUAUUUAUGUCACAGGAUUUCACGCACAUUCAGAAGUUAAUGCAGAAUGAAAAACGCUUGACAAGCACAUUCUGCCUGGUCGGUUAAAAGGCCUUCCAUGUUUAUUCAUUUUUUCUUUUUAGUGGGUUCUUGAAGGCUCCGGCCCUGGCACACCGGGUUGUUACUCCCAUUUAUCAUGUGGAGAAGCCUUCUUCAAUGCAGCUAAAGACCACUAUGGCGAAAGCAAGAAAGACCUCAAAAUAAUGGAUUUUGGCUGUGGGUCAGGACUGUCUGGUCAAGUUCUGAAGGACAAAUAUGGAUAUGAUAACCUGACUGGGCUGGAUGUGUCUGAAGAUAUGUUAAAUAUCGCUAGACAGAGGAACAUCUACAAGACUCUUAUCAGUGCCUUCGUAGGUACCGACAGAAUAAAAGAGAUACAAGAUGGUGAAUAUGACGCCGUUAUCUCCUCUGGAGUGUUCCAAACUGGUCAAGUGAGAGCCAAUGCUUUAGAUGAAAUCACUCGCUGGAUUAAGCCAGGUAAUUUGUCACUACUUUGACUUCUUGUGUAAGUUUUGUUUCAAGAAAUCUAGAGGUAAAAGUGAGAUGACCUUUUUGGAAAAAUAUAACAAGCAAAUGACUUUGCGUUUUUUUUUUUUGCUAUUUCUUCAUUUCAGUGACUUCUACAGAUCUUAAAUCCCAUGCCACUCAACGUCUAAACAUUAAUACACAUAAAAUGUAGGCUUAUUUCUUGGAAAUUUUGUUAAAAAUUUAACUUUUAGAAUUGAAAGCCCUGCAAAUCAAGAUGAAGUGUAAGGGGAGCCCCGCAUACCGUGGUAAAAUCGUUAAUAUUCCUGACUAAUGCCCUGUAUUUCCCGGUUAUGAGGAUACGGGGCUUUCAGCUAACUGACUAAAAACUUGGGGCGGUAGAUGGAAUAAUCAUAAAUUAGUAUAAGAGUCAGUGAGGUUACUUUCACUCUAUGCCGGAUCCUCUGAGUUGUUUCGCCUGCACGAAAGCAAUACCGGGUAGGGCUUCUGUUCUCCAAGAAUUGAGCGCCGAGCAGCGCCGCGUUGUUCUCGAUAGUAGAGCGUCACAUAUCGCAUACGUUCUGUGCCACACUUUGGUGGGCUGUGACCACAGGUAGCCCAAGCUCGAAAUAUGAGCAUCAGCGAACAUCAGCAUUGUUGCGUAACACUGGAAAUAUAAGGUUUUGUAUGGCAAAAAAAACCUAUCUAUCUACAGAGAGAAAACCGUUUAAAGUACAGCUCAUAAAACGGCCAUAAAUUGGCCUGUGGACCACACAGGAGAGACGUAACACACAUUUUAUGUAAAGUUGUGUAAUAAACAUAAGGUGUCCAACCUGAUUUUAAGGUAUCCGUACUAUUCAAAACCCCGCCACUUGGGUGCAAACAGGUAUUGAACACCCCAGAAAAUACCAUAACAUACCAUAAUGCUCUUUGUUUGUGGCCCCAGGGGAAACUGAAGACAUUGCAUAUUCAAAAUUUUGGGGUGACAAACAAAGAGCAUUAUGGUAUGUCAUGGUAUUUUCUGGAGUGGUCAAUUCGGAUCGUAGCGGAAGCGAAUAAAUAGGAGAGGGGACUGGAAUACGGAAGUAAGUAUUCGGAUUGAACACUGUAAUGUAGCUCACGAAACCCUCUCGGCCAACCGCUCUCGCACGAUGUUUGAUGUGUGUUCCACUGCUGUGUCGUAGCUAUUUACAGUCGGAAUAGCACGGUACAGCGUUUAGACAUGGCCUAAGGAUUUACUGCUUGAAUUUGUUACUUUCAGGUGGUAUCAUGUGCUUCACUUGUCCAGUGUUUGACAAAGAGGAAAGCGGUUACAAGGAGAAAUGUGAGAGUCUGGAGAAGGAGGGAAAAUGGACGCUGGUCUCCAAUAAGGAAGCUGAGUACUAUGGCGACAAAGCUCCUAAAGGGCGUGGCUAUAAAACCUGUCGAAUGCUGGUCUACAAAAAGUUAUAAGCACUUUGUUGGCAGUGGGUGGUUUUGUCAUCUUAUCCUCGACCUUUCUACACCGGGUUUGGAUUUUGUGCAGUCAUGUUAUUCUAUGAACUAGCAAAAUUAAGUAAAAAUGAAUUGAAGCAAACUGUUUUUCAAUUAUAGCUCUUGAAAAGUGUCGUUCGCUACGUCCAUUUACUUCGGUUAUACAUAUAGUACACAUUUUGUUCUUUUUAUGUGAUCAAAUAGUUAUAUUGACCAUAAAAGACUCUUAAUGCUUCUAGCUUCGUACACGGAAUAUAAAACAAACGAUAUAGAAGUUAAUAAAUAGAGCCCUUUACUUGUUGCUUGUUAUUACAAAUUUCUCUUUAUCUCUAGCCGGAUUUUUGAAAACGUUACUGCCAAAUCGACCUCUUCCGUCAAACAGCUUAUUUUUUGGCCAAAAACUCCUCCAUCUCCCAAGUGGCCACCGAUCUUUUUUUUUUCUCUUCUCCUCCCUUCCUCCUCCUCGCUCUUUCUUUUUCUCUUUUCCUUUUCCUUCGCUGGUUUGAUUUUCGAGAUUGUCGGGUGCAAAAAACCUGACUUUUGUCUCUUUUUCACUCAAAUGGCUGCAAAGUUCGUUUUCAAAAAAUCGGUUAGAUUUCGCGAUUUUUGCGAGACAGUAUUUCGCGGGGUUUUAUUUCCGCGAUUGCAAUAGGCAAAUAUAAAAAAAAGGCAUUAGAUUUCGCGAUUUAAGCGUUCUCAACUUUAUUUUACCUUUCAAAAUUAAAUUUCGUAAGAUAAAUUGGAACGAGGAAUGUGUGAAAUCUCACAACUGAAGAUACAAAAGGAACUUAGUAGAAACAAUAUUAAUUUGUGUAUUAGUCGAUGUAUAUCCUGUCAUGAUGUUGUUGCUAUUACAUAUUAAAAUUUAUUUUUCUGUG